UGUCGACAGCGGUGGCUGCAUUAUCUGUUCAUGAAUCAACAUCAUGGAUUCCCUCUCUUUCCACCUCCUCGUUCUCCUACGAUGCACCUCGCGUCACGACUCAUUCUUGUUCGUAGUAACUACGAUCUACGAACAUUCAACAUUUCGAGCUCGAAGUACGGUGGUCUACUUGUACGGCCUUAUACAACUACUUGACCUGGAAACUAGACUGUUAAAACUUGUUGCUGUAUUGUUAUAGUUGAACGGACCUAACUAGAAAGAAGAAAGACCAGAAAAAAUCGAAAUGGCGCCUUCCUUCAGCCGCCUAGGGCGUGCUGCGCUGCUCUCUUCAGGUCUUUGUCCUGUAGUGUCACAGUUGAUUCUGGACUACACGAACCUUGCAGAGACGAAUACAACGAAGUAUGAAGAUGCGCUCAAGAAGGAUCAGCAUCCACUUUACAAAGCAAGAAAUCCUUUUGCUAAGGCUCAACUUUCAAUGGUCAUUGGGGUUGGUCACUGAGAUCGAAGGGGUUGGUCACUUGAGAACACAGGGGAAAACACAGGGAGAACAAGUAGAGGGGUAAAGGGCCCUUUUCUUUCAGCAUCAGUGACCAAUGAAUGCUGAGCUUUAAUUUUGCUAGUGAGACACCGAUUGUACAUGAAACGAUAUUGAAGGAAGGAAUCGCAGAGUGCGACCCACAAGUGAAACAGCAUAGCGGGUAAGAAAGAAAUAGCACUUAUUUGGAUUCAGAUCGCUGUUGAAUCUUCAAAAUAAUUGUACCUACUCUUGAUCUUGUUCUUCCUUCUAAGUACUUCCAAUGACUCUCCUCCUGUACCAAUGUACAUGGCAUUCGAUGGUUGUAAACAAAACUUUCACAACUAAGGUACAUCGCAUUCGAUGGCAAUGGAGGUGCGAAGAAGAGCUACUUUUUUUGGCUGUUCGAGGCCAGAGAAGCUGACCCGGCCAAAGCACCACUCGUCCUCUGGCUUACAGGUGGUCCAGGUUGCAGUUCUAUCAUUAAGGCUGUGCUGGCUGGUGGAAUAGGAAUUCAUUGACUUUUCUCCAUUCGAACGACGAGAAUACAUGUGAGCGACAAAACAAGUUGUUUUGUCGCUCACAUGUAUUCUUGUUUUAUACAACCUCCUCUUGGUCAAUGACUCACUACAGCGCUGAAUACUUGCCACAGCUUGAUCGACCACUAAGAAGUAAGAAGACAUUCUUAGACUUAGUCUUCCCCAUCCUCCAGCUGCUCCUCAUACCCAUCUUCUAAUCCAAUGGCCCUCCUAUCCGAGAACGGACCUUGCUCAGUAGGCGAGGACGGCAAGAGCUUGAAGCCCAACCCGUAUGGUUGGAACCAAAAAUCGAACGUCAUUUGGGUCGACCAGCCAGCAGGGACCGGAUUCUCAGAAGGUACGACCUGAAUUGAGUCGCUGCAUUUUCUCUAUCACUAUCAACUAUCCCUUGUUUCGUAAUAUUAACCUGAUUCCUCACAGCACGAGAUUUAUUUAGUAGUUGUCUUCUAAUUCUAAUUCUAUGCUAAUAUGUUGAAUCAUCUACAGGUGACUACGACCACAAUGAGGAAGGUGUAGCGGAGGAUAUGUAUGCUUUUCUAGAGGGAUUUAUGAAGCAGUUUCCGCAGUACAAGCCACUCGACUUUUUCAUCACCGGAGAAUCCUAUGCGGGACACUAUGUGCCGGCGGUAUUUUUGAGUUAAUUUUUUUCAUGGUGUUUGUUAAUACACUGACUCAGCGUUUAUUUUUUAAUGGUGUUUGAUUGUUAUUUAAUACACUCAGCGGUUGUAGUUUUGGAGGAAGUGUAGGCACGGCAACAACUUAUGCAUUUGGUCGAUAUUUUCGAACGACUCUCAUGAUUAGUAUCGCCCCUUGAAUUUCAUCUCUGAACCACUUGUUCUACACCUUCUCCUCAGAUCGGCCACCAUGUCUACAGCAUGAACAAGAAAGCCUCGGACGCAGACAGGAUUAACUUGAAGGGUUUGGCGAUUGGAAACGGUCUCACAGACCCAGAAGAGCAGUACAAGUGGUACCCAGAAAUGGCCUAUGAUGGUGGAAAAUCGAAGGGUGGAUCCCUGGAAAAAGGCGUCAUCACGAAUCCAGUGACGCAGGCGAUUAUGAAGGUACUUAGUAUUAUUUUGGUUUCGAGGAAGUCGAGAGCAGCUUCUUCACUGUCGAGCAUUAUCCGACGAAGGAUAGGAAGCCAAGUCGAGGGCCGCUCGUUUGUCCCUGUGUUUUAAAUCAUAACCUGUUUUUGUAGGUCGUUUUUUUAAUGCUGGCGUUUAUUACUACUAGCUACUUGUACUUGGACUGAUCAUUAGCUAGAGCUACGGAUGGGGAGUAAAAGACAGCAAUCUCCAUUCUUGAAGGACAUCUUCAAGAGAUAACCAGCAAGCAACCAACAUCGUUUUCAGGGCGGCGUCACCCCCUGCGUAGAGGCAAUCAAGUCCUGCAACGCUGGGUCGACAGCAGGCUGCAUGGGUGCAUUUCUAGUAUGCAACUAUGCUGAGACAGUGCCGUACCAGUUCACAGGCAUGAACGUCUACGAUAUGCGGAUUAAGUGCGAGGUGCCACCACUCUGCUACGACUUCAGCCAAGUCACUUCUUUUUUGAACUUAUGGAAAGAAGUUUUGAAUGACGAUGACCACCUUCCAAGAAUCGUAAUCAGAUGGAAUGGGCAAGGAUGACUCUUGAUCACAUGAUUUCAGUCUACGAGUACAACGAGACUAUCUACAACGUUUAUUUUUUCUAGUUCCUACCGACGAGUUGUCAUGAUGACUUUCCUCCACAGCUCCAACCCCUUCUAACCCGCGACCCCGACGUCCAAUCCAAAUUAGGCGCCAAAGGCAAAUGGGCCAGCUGCAACAUGAUGGUGAAUGCCUUCUUUAGAGCGGAUUACAUGCGGAAUUUCCAUCUGAAGAUUCCGGAGAUGAUGGCAGACGGCAUCAGAGUCCUAGUGUAUGUUAAGGCUUCCCCUAAAAAUCCAUCUCUGUACAAAAUACAAGGAAGACGCUGACGCAUAUCUAUAUGCUUGAGGGAUUUCCACAGGGAUAAAUAGGUGAGAGCUCUAAGGAUGCAGGAGACGUGGAUUACAUCUGCAACUGGCUCGGAAACAAAGCUUGGACGCUAGCAUUGCCAUGGUCUGGAAAGGAUGCAUUCAAUUAUGAAUUUCAUUUUUCUCGUAGUACAGCUACUACUCGUAGAAGCAGAGUUCGAAAAGCUAUUAAACCAUGGUAUCCAUCGAUAAAGGUGUCGAUGAUUUCGUUCAUCUGAAGUUUAACUCGAACAGCGGGAAAUCCUCAUGCUCAUUCUCCAAUAUUCUCUAACCUAUCGCCGCCGCAGAUGCAGACUACAUCCUCAGCGACUCAGAGGGAGGUGAAAACAAGGCAGUAGGUCGCCUCCGACAUCACGAGACGUUCUCAUUCUUGCAGAUCUAUGCAGCUGGCCACAUGGUCCCGAUGGAUCAGCCAGCAGUGGCAUUGAAGAUGCUGAACGAAUUCACUUUUAAGGAUAAUUCCUUUUGUUUUGAGAGCAAUAGCGUUGAUACAACUGAUAGAUAGGGAUAUUACUACAGAUAGACUUAAUAGAUAGAAAUAAUCAAUUCAUGACAAUGAAUGGACGAUAACGAUCAAAGACACGAAAAAACCAAAACCAAAAGAUGAUACUUACCAAUAAUAGUUUGAAAAGAUAUCAAGUUCUUUGGUAUUCCUAGGUCCACCUCGUCAUCAAUACUAGCAAAAAUAGCAAUAGCCCUGCUGCCGUGUUCUAUGUAGUAAAAAUAGCCCUUGUAGUUCUAACUUAUCCGCAGACGGAAUGGGCAAGACCACAACCUCAUCAUCGGCAAUGGCCAAGACGAAGAAGACAUUUUUCAAGAAGAGCGUCUCAGAGGUACAAACACAACAGGAAUUGUACAACUAG